AUGGCUAAAAAUCUUUCCAAUGAAAACUUUGAGUUGAUAAUUUCCAAAACUUUGGAUAGAACUAAUGAAAAUUUCAUUAAAUGCCUCGAUAGAAUUCUAGAAAAAUCAAAUGAGAAUUUGGAAAAGGUCAUUACCCUUUCAAAUAGAAACCUAGAAAAAUUACUGGUAAAAUCCGACUCAAAUUUAACUAAAAUAAUUGAGUUGUCUAACGAAAACUUGCGUAAAACCACUGUCAAUUCCGAGACCCUGAUGAGUAAACUGUUUGAAACAACAGUCUUAAAAAUGGAAGCUAUUAGUAACAGCUUUGAGCGUGCAGUCAAGGGCAUGUCAGAUGCAGUUACUGACUGCAUGAAUCAGCUUCACAUGACUAUGUCAACUCUCGGCUCCACUGUUGCCCAAUGUCAAUAG